AUGUCUACAAGAGGAUAUGCCCACCUUUCACCGAUCGUCGACCAGUCUAACCAUUCCGGUAUGGUUUUCGGGCUGUCGGAAAUGAUAAACCUACUCGCUCCCAAAACACUCGCCAUUUUGGUUCUGAAUGAGACCAAAAUCGACAAGAUCGACCAGUUAACCGUGAUGAUCCAUCACCACAGUAUACCAACUUGCAUAUUCAACGACCUGAACAACUAUUUUCGCUAUAUUGGCGAUAAUCUGCGAAAAUCGUUGGAAACGACGAGUUUGCUGUUCUGUCAGCCAGAAGAAAUGAUUGAGGCCAUCGUGGAAGGACGAUUGGCGCACCGGUUGAGUUUGUACAUUUUUUAUUGGGGUACUACCCGCCUUCCGGCCGAUUUGGACCAAUCGCUCCUUAAGGAACCGUUGCGGGUUGCAGUUAUCACUAAUCCCAGGAAGAACUUCUUCCGCAUUUUUUACAACCAAGCGAAACCGAACAACCGAGGAGUAUUGCUGAGUACAAACUGGUUCGAUGGCAAUGAUAUGACCUUCAGACGGGUGCCACUGCUUCCCGUUCCUACCGAAGUGUACAAAAAUCUGGAAGGACGAGUGUUCACCAUUCCAGUCAUCCAUAAACCUCCAUGGCACUUCAUCACUUACAGCAUAUUUAACGAGUCUUUGUACAAUGAAACCGAAACUGAGUUGAGCUUCAGUACAAACAGCACUGACAUUGAACAAACAACCUUCGAGGUUACUGGGGGUAGAGAUUACAAUCUAAUGCAGCUGAUCGCCGAUCGGAUGAAUUUUAGCUUCAACUAUGUGGAGCCGGUAGAUAAAAUACAGGGUAAUACAAUUGGUAACGAGGAAAACGCCAGUUUCUCUGGGGCUUUGGGUAUGCUCCAGCGGAGGGAGGCGGACUUGUUUCUUGGGGAUGUGGCCGUAACGUGGGAACGAAUGAAAGCAGUUGAAUUCUCAUUCUUUACACUGGCAGAUUCAGCUGCAUUUGUAACUCACGCUCCAAGAAAAUUGAGCGAGGCAUUUGCCUUGGUAAGACCCUUUCAGGCUACGGUGUGGCCCUUGGUGUUGAUCACUAUUCUCGUUUCUGGCCCAAUCCUGUACCUGAUCAUCUCAAUGCCAUUUCGGUUGGAACAAUGGACGAGUGGCUCGAGAAACAGGAGGAGACGCACGCCACCGUUUUAUCAUAUGUUGUAUAUUCAGGAGAUGAAUUAUGGAGUUUCACAUCGGGCUCCAAUCGCUGAGACGCCACAGCAUCCAAGUCUGGAUCGAUGUAUUUGGUACACGAUCAAUGUCUACUUAAGGCAGUCUGCCACCAUUCCAUACAACGGUCACGUGUCACGCUUUUUCUCCAUACUUCUGUGGCUAUGCGCAACAUAUGUCCUGGGGGAUGUCUAUUCGGCGCAGUUGACUUCGCAGUUGGCUAGACCUGCCCGUGAGCGUCCAAUAAAAACUUUGGAGCAACUGGAAGUUCUAAUGAAACGCGAUGAUUACCAGCUGCUUAUUGAGAGGCAAAGCGCCUUCGAAGCUGUCCUAAUCAAUAGCUCCGGCAUUCUACAGCGACUCUAUCGUAUCACUCUGCAUCAGUCCAGCAAUGAAUCAUACCUGGUGUCGUCUGUCGAAGAAGGAAUUAGUAUAUUGAUAGCUAACUCCAAAAGGGCCAUGUUUGGAGGGCGUGAGACUUUGUAUUACAAUACGAAACGAUACGGAGCCCAUCGAUUCCAGCUAAGCGAGAAAUUGUACACCCGAUACUCUGCUGUGGCAGUGCAGUAUGGAUCGCCAUUCCUAGAUAGUCUGAAUGAAGUAAUAAUGCGGCUCUUUGAGGCGGGAAUUAUCGAGAAGAUUACGAUUGCAGAAUAUGAGCGAAUGUUCGGCAGUCAAACUGGACAGUUCACGGAUGAAUCAUCGAAGAGUACCAAAUCGGAGAAUUUGGAAGAUGAAACAGGCAAGUCGAAGAAAACUCCCGAGAGUAAUGAGAAACUGCAGCCGUUGAGUCUACGAAUGCUACAGGGUGCUUUUUUAGCGUUAGCUUGCGGUCAUGUGCUUGGAGUUAUUGCAUUACUCGUGGAAAACAAAGCUCAAAGAAUCAAGCUGAUGUGCGCUUGUUUCAGGAAAAUCUAUAAUAUAUUUUGUUUAUUCCUUCUAAAACUCAGAAACAAAAUUAUUCGUUUUCAUUAG